AUGGCACUGAAAAGAUUUCGUUUUUUAAUGAGGUGGGUGCGAGUGGAUGUUAUCCGAACGAUAGAAAUUCGCAAAAUAGUGGAUAAUCUAGCACCAGUUAGAGAAUUAUUUCAAAAUAUAAACGGUAAAUGUCAGAAGCACUACACCGUGAGCAGAUAUGCUAUACUUGAUGAGAUGUUGUGGGCAUUUAAAGGUCGUUGUCGAUUUAGAAUGUAUUUACCGAACAAACCGGCAAGAUAUGGAUUGAAAGUUUUUUCUUUAGUCGAUUCGCGCACAUUUGCUAUAUACAAUAUGGAAAUAUACUGCAGCACACAACUAACAGGUCCAUUUGCAGUUAGCAAUGAUACCAGUGAUGUUGUGAAUAGACUGUGUUUCCCCCUUUCGAAGUCUAGGAGAAAUAUUACAAUGGAAAGUUGGUUCACGUCUGUUGCAGCUGCCGAAGAUUUACCAAAGAAUCAUGACCUAACAAUAGUCGGCACACUACGUAAGGACAAAAAGCAAAUUCCACUUGAUUUUUUUACCAAAAGACCACCAAAAACCAGUAUGUUUGGUUUUUUACAAGAUAAAACCAUCGUUUCCUACAUUCAGACCCGAAAUAAAAAUGUGAUUUUGUUGUCCACUAUACACCAUGACUACUCUAUCGAUCCAAACUCUGGCGAGGACAUCAAACCAGAGAUAAUCACAUUUUACAACACCACAAAAUGUGGAGUUGAUACCGUGAACCAACUGAGUUCUAAGUACAACGUUGCUAGGAAUACUCAUAGAUGGCCAAUGGUGAUUUUCUACAGUCUUUUCAAUAUUACUGGAAUAAAUUAG